CAGUCGCAGAGGCCUGACACUCGUUCCGUUACCUUUCCGGAUUUACCUUGAGCUACUCCAAGGUAUAUCUGGUCAUACACCAUGUCUAUAUCCAAUGAAGCUCUGCAAAAGCUGGCGCUCGAGAUCGAGUCCCAAGCCAUUGCGGCGCAACAACAGAUCGGCAUGGUUCGAAGCCAGUUAGCAGCCAAGCAGCGAGAGCAACGUCUACUCCGGUUAACAAUGAGCGAGGUGCAGAGCUUUGCAAGCAAUUCAGUCGUUUACGAAGGCGUAGGGAAGAUGUUCGUUUCUCUCCCUCCCAAUACUCUGCACGAGAAAUUACAGCGCCAGAUGCAGGAUCUUGAUGGUGAUGUUGAUAAACUGAACCAAAGAUUGCUGUAUCUCGAGACCACACAGAAGAAUAGCCGAGAGCAUAUUGAAAAGAUAUUACGUACCCAUUAAAAGAGACUUUGACGAGCGGGCGGCGAUUGAAUAUUUCUUGUAAAAAACUAGCUGAUAUUGCCUACGUCUACUUUGUAUACCAAAGCAGAAGAGGGCACAAUAUGGGAUGCUUAGAUGGAAGUUAGUUGGUAGCAGCAGUAGUAGUACUAGGUAGUAGGUAGGUAUACAAGCACUACUGAUGCUAAAUAUUGCAGUGGCAUGACCCCUAAAGCGAAAAGAGGGGGAGAAGAGGGGGGGGUGAAUUAAAACCAUAGACGACUAUAUGGCUAUAAAAUUCUGUAUUAUAUAUAUAUAUAUAUAGGUAGGCACCUAGGUAUAUAUAUACAUAUCUACC